AUGCGUGAGGAUGCUGAAGGUGACGCUUAUCUAACGGAUAAUAUGAUUGAACGGUUGCAAACUGCAUACGAGGAUACGCUUGACUUUCUUUUAACGGUUCAAGCAGAGCUUGAGGCUGCGGAACCGCCUACUUUACCGACCGGGCCACCGAUCGCCAGCUCCUCCCUAACGCUCGAGCAUCGCGCGGCUAAAUUACCAAAAUUAGAUUUACCAACGUUUUCCGGUCAAUAUGAGGAUUGGGAAAACUUUUGUGAUUUAUUCACCACGCUCGUACACAAUGCCCCUGGUUUAGCUGAUGCGACCAAGCUACAGUACUUGAAAACUUGUUUGAAGGGUGCCGCGGCGGAUUUAGUUAAGGACGUAACAACCAUGAAUGCGAAUUAUGCGACGACGUGGCAAGCUUUAAAGGCGCGUUUCCACAAUCCACGAUUAAUUGUUUACAAGCAUUUACGGGCCCUUAUGGAUAUGCCAUUUUUAAAAAAAGAAUCUGCGACAGAGCUGCGUUCCUUUGCUGAUGAGGCUCAGCGCAUAGUUCGCGCUUUAUCGAAUUUACAGAUGCCGGUAGAUCAUUGGGAUGUGUGGUUAGUUUAUAUUUUAGCGGCGCGUUUGGAUUCCGAUUCCCAAAAGGCGUGGGAGACGGAUUUGAGUGUGCUGGAUCGUCGCAUGGUUUUGGAUAACGUCUCGGAUUUAGGGAACGUAAGUCCGCUAGAUCGAUUUCCGAAAUUCGUGGAUCUAUCUGAGUUUUUGGAAAAGCGUGUUCAGGCCCUUAGUAUGAUUGCUUUGAACGCUAGUAAAACUGAGAAAAAGCCUUCUGCUUUACCCAGACCGGUACCUGGCUCUCGAAGGGUACUUCAUACUGCUUCUUCCCAGCAUGGGGUGGAUGGCAGAUCGAAGUGUCCCAUGUGUCAUGGAGUGCAUUUGCUUUCCAAAUGUUUCAAGUUUCUGGCCAAGAGUCCCUUUGAACGCCGUAGAGAAGUCCGUCGGCUCCAGCUUUGUUUUAACUGUCUCGGUCGACAUAGAGUUUCUGAGUGCUUGUCGUCGUUUCGUUGCCUGCAGUGUAGGGAAAAACACCAUACGUUGCUUCAUUCUGUGCAGGUUAGUGGGUUUCAUUCGAAAGAGAAGGGUUCGGUUGAGGCACAAAGGUCUCGCGAAGACAAGGCUUCGACGUCAUCGGGCGUUAAUAUACACACCGCUCGUGUUGUGUCGCGUAAAUAUAUGGUACUGUUAGCGACGGCUCAACUAAUGUUGGUGGGACCGCAUGGGGUGCAGACUCGUGUGCGGGCCUUGUUAGACCAAGGUUCCCAAAGUUCUUUUGUCUCCGAAUCGGUCGCUAAUUUGUUGGGUUUGCAGAAGCGUCGCGUCGAUGUUCCAUUGAUGGGCCUCGGGGCGAAGUCGGCUGGCACCGCCCAUCAGGCUACGAGUUUUAAAAUAAUAUCGCUAAUUGAUCCGUUGUUUCAAGUGGAAACGAAUGCUCUUAUUUUGUCAAAGCUCACGUCGCAGCUUCCAGCUCGAUGCCCCAUGGAGUUAGAUCUCGGUAUGUUUGCGGGAUUAUCUUUAGCCGAUCCGCAAUUUCAUAUUACAGGGUCCGUCGAUGUUAUUCUAGGCGCGGAUGUUUACGGGCAGCUAUUGCGUUCGGGCCUGCGGAGUUUUCCUCCUUCGUCCCUAGUUGCGCAGGAGACAGUCCUCGGUUGGAUUGUCUCCGGACCUGUGCUUACGGUCGGUUCACGGCGGGCGGUCGACCGUGGGACAGCUCCGUUACACGCAUUGCAUUGUGCAAGGGAGGAAGACAUAGACGAGUCGUUGCAGCGUUUUUGGACCCUUGAAGAAUUGCCAACGGUCACCGCGUCGCUUAGACCUCUAGAUGAAGCGUGCGAAAAAUUAUUUAGAGAUUCACAUGUUCGUAAUUCUGACGGUCGGUUCAUUGUACGUCUUCCUUUAAAAUCAGAGCCGCCAGCGGUUGGUCCGGAAACCAGACGUAUGGCCUUGGGUUCACUUAUGCAUAUGUAUCGUCGGUUUGCUCGCGAUCCUAGGAUAGCUUCGGCUUAUCGCGAAUUUAUGGCGGUUUAUGAAAAAUUGGGGCAUAUGGAGCGUGUUCCUGCGUCUGAACUCGAUAAUCCGCGUGCUUGGUAUUUGCCUCAUCAUGCAGUCGUGCAAUCGACGCCGUCGAACUGGAAGAUUCGUGUAGUAUUCGAUGCGUCGCGGAAAACUCGCGAAGGUCAAUGUUUGAACGAUUUUCUUUUGGCAGGGCCGGCUCUGCAGCGCGAUUUGUUGUUAAUCCUGUUAAAUUGGCGCCGGUAUCGUUUUGUAUUCACGGCGGACGUGGUUAAGAUGUUUCGGCAAAUUCGCGUUUCGCGUGGGGAUCAAGAUUUUCAAAGAAUAGUGUGGGCUCCUAGCUCGUCGGAGACGCCGGUGGAAUAUCGUUUAACAACCGUGACUUAUGGGACGGCGUGUGCUCCCUAUCUCGCGAUACGCACACUGCUGCAAUUAGCGGAGGAGGAGAGAUCGCAUUUUCCUCUUGGGGCCCGGUGCCUGGAAUCAAAUACGUACGUGGACGACACCUUUGCGGGAGCGGACGAACUUGCAGUCGCGGUGAAUAUCCGACAGGAACUCAUUGCCCUCUUACGGUCGGCAGGAGUUGAAUUAGAUAAAUGGGCAGCAAAUCAUCCUGAUCUUCUGCCUUUUAACAUGCGGCAAUCUGGGUCGGAUGAUUCGAAGUCGAUCAGUUUCGAUGAGUCCGUCAAAACGCUUGGAGUUCAGUGGAAUCCCGGUCAGGACGAAUUUCGAUUCACCACUUUAGAUUUUAAAAGUUUGUCUGGAGCGGUGACCAAGAGGUCUGUUCUUUCAAGCAUCGCUCGUUUGUUUGAUCCAUUAGGCUGGUUGGCUCCGAUCACGAUAGCUGCUAAAAUUCUGAUGCAGGAUCUUUGGAUCUUGAAGUGCGAAUGGGAUUCUGCUUUGCCAGUGGAAGUGCGAGACAGGUGGCUCGAAUAUUGUAAUUCUCUUUCCGCGUUACCCACUUUAUCAAUUGGCCGGUGGCUAGGAGCCUCAUGUAAUUCGGAGGUGCAAAUUCAUGGAUUUUCUGACGCCUCAUCUCGUGCUUACGCAGCGGCGGUUUACAUUCGGAUUAAUGAGGGAGAUGGUCGUUUUCGCACUUCUCUUUUGUCUGCGAAAAGUAGGGUUGCUCCUGUGAAGACUGUGAGUAUUCCCAACCUUGAAUUGUGUGGAGCUGUGUUGCUUGUCAAGCUGCUUCGUCAUGUUCGAAAGCUUGACUUCUUGCGGAAUUUACUUGUGUUUGCUUGGUCAGACAGCCAAAUCGUAUUGACGUGGCUUCGAAAUCAUCCCUGCCACUGGAAAACCUUUGUGGCGAAUCGGGUGUCUUUCAUUCAGACAGAGUUGCCGAGUGCUAAAUGGGCGCAUGUGCCCACUGAAGAGAAUCCCGCGGACUUGGCUACGCGCGGUAGCAAGCCCGUUGACUUGAUGCAUGCGAACCUGUGGUGGCAUGGGCCUGAUUGGCUUGCGAUGCCCGAGGAGCACUGGCCUAAAGCGCCGCUAGCUCCGCGGGUCUCGCAUGUUAAUGUGACUCCGAGUGAUCCGGAAAUUUUUCUUAGAUUCUCUUCCUUGACUCGGUUAACUCGUGUCGUAGCUUAUUGUUUACGCCCAUUGGUUGGCUUGCGACGGCGUAAGGGUAAUUUUUCAAAAUUGCCGGAAUUCUUGACCGCGUCGGAACUGUCUGAAGCACGGAUUGUAUUAAUUAAGUUAGCACAAGCGCAUGCUUUUGAUUCUGAGAUUAAGCUAUUGCAGAUGGGUAAGAGUUUACCAAAGCGUAACCCUUUACUCAGUUUGAAUCCGUUUUUGGACAAGACGGACGGUGUUCUGCGCGUCGGGGGUCGUUUAGCAAAUUCAAUUCUGUCUCGCGAACCCGCGGAUAAAGAGUUACGGGCUAUGUUUACGGCGGCUUCGGAUUUUUAUAAGAGUGUCGCCGCCACUCUCGCGAACGACGGAACGUCCUGGACGUUCAUCCCUCCGAAUUCUCCCCACUACGGAGGGUUAUGGGAGGCUGGAGUCAGGUCAGUCAAACAUCAUUUGAAACGGGCAAUCGGUGAUCGGCCUUUAACUUUUGAAGAGUUUUCGACGGUUUUAGUAGAAAUAGAAGCUUGCCUUAAUUCGCGGCCUCUUUGUCCGUUGAGCGCGGAUAUUGAGGAUCUGCAGGCUUUGACUCCUGCGCAUUUCCUUGGAGUUGCUUCCGGAUUGGUUCCUGAUGAACCACCCCCCGAUGUGUCAGAGAACCGUCUCGAACGCUUUCAGUUGCUUCAGUCGAUUCAGAAUAAUUUUUGGAAACGAUGGUCUGAGGAGUAUCUUCAAUAUUUACAGGAGCGUGCAAAGUGGCGGGGGCCAACUGAUAAUUUCGCGGUUGGUCAGCUGGUUCUUGAUACCCUGCUACAGAAUCAGCAACAGAUGCGGAUACGCGCUAGUUUCGUAGUCGCCCUGCAAGUUGCUACAUCCUCAAUGUCACUGUCGGAUGGAGUAAUAGUAAAAAGGUGCAUUGCAGUGAUGGUACAGGAUAUGGAUCCUAAUGUAGCCGAUAUCUGCAAGCGCGUCCCUUUGUCUCGGCGCAUUAUUACAAGAAGAGUGAACCAGAUGGCACAGGAUACGACAAUGCAGCUGCAAGAUGCUUGCAAUCAAUUUAUAACAUUUUCAUUGGCACUGGAUGAAAGCGUGGACACUUCGGGUACACCACAGCUUGCCAUUUUUAUUCGCGGUGUAGACGAGAAAUUGCACGUGACUGAAGAAUUAUUAGAUAUAGUCACAUUAAAAGAAACCGUGUUAAGAGAAGAUGUUUUCGCAAGUGUGGAACACGCAGUAGAGAGUAACAAUUUGGAUUGGAAGGGUUUGGUAUCGGUUGCAACCGAUGGAGCCCCUGUUAUGGUUGGAGAGAGGAAUGGCUUCAUCGGUCGUUUAAGAAGAAAAAUGAGUAGUGCUUAUGAUAAAAAUAUAAUUGCAAUUCAUUGUUUAAUACACCAACAAAAUUUAUGUGCUAAAAGUAUAGCUUUACAAAAUGUUAUGUCUGUAAUUGUACGUGUCACAAAUUACAUCAGAAAUCACGGACUUUUUUAG